CCAUUCACAAUUGAAGCCGGACGGUUCGCUGAUCAAGGCAUCAUUUAGUUGGUAAUCAUUUAUUGGAGACUGACAGGGGACAUCUGAUUAGGAUUAGCUAGGCUGACUCUCGGAACAUUUCCCACCAAAUGGAUAAGAAAAUUCAACACGUUUUGUCCUCAAUUCUCAUCGUGUUGUUCGCAGUGAUACCGAGGUUUCACUGCUUCGAGAAGGAGUUGACCGUGCAUGUAGAUGCCGGCAAGGAAGUUUGUUUCUAUCAAGCUGCAAAAGCUGGGGACGUGAUUGACGUUGAAUAUCAAGUAAUUGAUGGCGGUCACGGUGAUUUAGAUAUUAAUUUCGAACUGGCUUCACCUGAUGGGCGAGUGCUGUCCCGAGAUCUUAAAAAAUCUGAUAACAUCGUUCGCCAUGAUGUGACUCGGGAUGGCGACCAUAAAAUCUGCUUCGACAAUCAGUUCAGUUCGUUCAGCAGAAAGACGGUUUUCUUCGAAAUAAUCAUUGAGAGCCAAAACGAGGAGGCGGACGACCAAGAGACCAAUUGGAGAAAGCAAUUAGGCGACCUAACGCCUGAAGAAUUCUAUGAUAUUCAAGUGAAAGACAUUCAAGAGUAUGUAGGUCGUAUUCGCAACUAUCUGACGAAAUCCCGUCAGAUGCAGGACUCGUUGCGAUCUUUUGAGGCUCGCGACCGGAAUAUUGCUGAGGAGAACUACUUCAAGGUGAAUGCUUGGUCAAUGUUUCAAAUUUGUGCCAUGAUUGCCGUUGGUGGCUUGCAAGUAUUUAUGGUGCGCAGCAUCUUUGAUACUGGAUCGAAAAUGUAUUCGGUGUGGAAGAAAUUGAAUCUCUGAUAUUUAUUCAUGCCAGCCACAGUGACGAGCAGGUGAUGAAUGUUUCCUUUACGCUUGAUAUUCAUUAGCCAAAGAUAUUCUUAUUGCCAAAAAACGGACGAAUCCGAAAAUAUGCCAGUUUUAGUGUUACGCAUCUCAUGCUCUCUUCAUAAAAUUAAUUGUUUUCUGUAAAGCACACCCCCAUCACUACUUUAUCUACACAAGCAAUAAUUUGUUUAUCUAUCAUUAAGGUUGUUUUAUUUGUGUAUGAAUCCAUGAAUAAAAAUUCGAUAUUAACGAUA